AUGUGGAGCGGUGGAACCUCAACCACCAACACGAAGCAAGCUCUGACCAUUUAUGUCACGAACAUCCCUGGCAAUAUCACUUUGGCGCAAGUGUCAGCGCUUUUUUCCAAGGAUGAAGGUUUCUGUGGCCUGCGGGCAGUUGGAGGGUCCAAGAAGAUUGUUUUUGUGGAUUUUGGAACUGAAAUACAAGCGACCCAAGCGAUGCGAAGGCAUCAAGGGCACCGCUUUGACCCUGCAGAGGAAGGUUUGAUGAUUGAUUUUGACCAUGACAAACGUUCAAAGCGAAGUCGUGCCAUAGAGAAACCUUGGAGCGCUGCCUCCUUUGAUCGAGCCCGCGGCAAGAAAGGAGCAGCGCCAAAGCGGCGACGGCUUCCAUCCCGAGAGCGAGAAGCAGAGAUGUUUCAGCGCGAACGUGCCAGGAGCCUGCGCCAAGGCACCCAGACAGAAGUGGCGUUGAAGGAGCCCAAGACAGGGCCAAAGCCGCCCUCUUACGUCAAGCUGAAGCCAGUCGCGGAUUCCAAUGAGGCUCCGACAUCAUCAGUGGUUUCAGCACUGGUGGCAUACAGCUCCAGUGAGGAGAACUCAGCACCUAGUGACGAAGAACCAGAAAGUGACAAAACAAAGCCCUAA